UCCUGCGUCAGUAUGAUUUCUGCUGUAUUGUUUCUGAUUUAUCUAGUACUGUAGGCUCUUAGUAGCAGCAAUACCAUGUCGGGUCGCGGCAAGCAGGGAGGGAAGGUCAGAGCUAAGGCCAAGUCGCGAUCAUCACGAGCCGGACUGCAGUUCCCUGUUGGCCGCGUGCAUCGGCUGCUGCGAAAAGGUAACUACGCGGAGCGGGUUGGGGCCGGAGCGCCUGUGUAUAUGGCGGCCGUGCUGGAGUAUCUGACGGCCGAGAUCCUGGAGCUGGCGGGCAACGCGGCCCGCGACAACAAGAAGACGCGCAUCAUCCCGCGCCACCUGCAGCUGGCCAUCCGCAACGACGAGGAGCUCAACAAGCUGCUGGGCAAGGUCACCAUCGCGCAGGGCGGGGUGCUGCCCAACAUCCAGGCUGUGCUGCUGCCCAAGAAGACCGAGAGUCACAAGGCCAAAAGCAAAUAAUCAGCCUGCGAAGCCAGUUAGGUUUUUCAAAGCAUAACAUAACCCAAAGGCUCUUUUCAGAGCCACCCACUUUCUCAGAAAAGAGUUGAGUUGCUUUUUAAGGAAAUCCCUUUGUGUUAAAAUGUUUCUUUUAUGUUGCUUCGUUUUUAAAGUGUUGAGUAAAAUUUGGUUUCUAUGUAUGUCUUCAGUUACUUUAUGACUCAUCCUUUUUGAUGAAGGAAACCUUUUGUUUGUUUGACUUGUCCUGAAACAGAGUAUUUGUUUCUUGUCUUCUAUUUAACAGACAUGGGAUUUUUUUGUUAUACUAUGCAGUAUAGCUUUAUUGUAUGAUAUAGAGGUUAGCUUUAAGAAACUGAAGAAAAUAAAAUGAUGGAUGCUACAAA